UUCAGGUAUAAUAUGAUAUUUGUUCCUUUCACUGCUAUUAACAACCAUGAAAGGACAAUCAAUGUUAGAGCAAGACUAAUAUCAGAUAAAAUAAUUGAAUCAUACUCUUGGUUAUUAGAAGCUUUUUGCAUCACAUAAGAAGAAACCAACAAUGAUUUUGGCAGAUAUGGAUCCAACAUCAACUUCUUCCAUAUCAAAGGUGUUUCAAGGAUGUACUCACAGAUUAUGUAUGUGACACGUAAUGUCAAAAAUGCCUUCAAAGAUUGAACCUGAUGUACUUUCAAAUUCAGAUUUCAAGAAAUGCAUAAAUCAACUGGUUUGGAAUAUGAAUAUUGAACCAUCAGAAUUUGAGAAUAAAUGGGAUAUGAUGUUGAGUGAAUUUCAUUUGAAGGAUAAUAAGUGGUUAGAUGAUAUGUUCAACAAGAGAGACAAAUGGAUUCCUUCAUAUUUUAGAGAUAUACCAAUGUGUGGACUUAUGAAGACUACAUCUCGGUCUGAAAGUUCAAAUUCAUUUUUCAAUGUUUUCUUCAGUCCAACCAACUUACUUGUGAACUUUAUGUUCAAUUUUGACACUGCACUUUCAAAGCAACGUCAUGAGCAAAAAGAUUGGAUAUUGCAUCAAGAAAUACUUCUCCACAACUGUUAUUUGCACUUGAUACUUUGAAGAUUAAAAAACAUGCAUCAUUGGUAUACACACGAGACGCAUUCCUUAAAAUGCAAAAACAGAUAAAAAAGGCAUUCUAUUAGUGUUUUCAAAAAAUUCUAUUUUGGUUGAUGGCUAUCAACA